AGAAAUCCAGCAAUUACAGCGAGCAUGAUUCACAUAGCAGCAGAUGGAAGCGAGAAGUGAAGCCUUUGUUCCAAGAUCCCAACUGGAAAGCGAGGGACCCAUGAGGUGAAGAGGAAGAGCUUUCGUGGCAGCACAAUUCGAGGCAAGCACUCCGGACGGACGGCAAUUGGGCAGUGAUAAGCGAUGAUGUAGAACAAGGGGGAAAUAACGAAGUAAGAACGGUGGAGCAGAUGUGACUAUGGAGGGGGCAGACAGCUGACGGGCAGAGAGUGUCGCCUCCUAGGAGUAAAGCCAAAGUAGUAAGAUCUACCAGAGCUGCAAGGCGGCUUAGUUCAGAUUGGGAUAGCUCAAAAGUCAUCACCAGGAUUGUGCUCCUUUACAGAGGCCCUAAUGUUACAAGACGUACGUCUUCGGAAACUCCCCUGAAGAAGCCUAGUCUGCUACAGCGGCUAGUCCCAAGUCGUCGCUUUUCUGAACGUCCAGACUGGAGUGCAGAGAUGAGCGUGAAUGAGCGCAAUCAACGGAGUCAAUCGGUGGGGAAAGGCACAUGGUCUGCUAUUUCGAGAGAAAGGCCAAGGUCUGCAGACACUCUGAUGCACAUGAAUUUGCGAACCCCGGAGCAGACGGUCGUCUUCGCUGGUGGGCUCCGAAUCUCCCGAUCACCAGCAGUCAAAGUGGACAAUGUAGGAUUGCAACCUGGUGUUUCUUCCCGAGCUCCCACUGCGCUCCCUGUUUGCUCACCGGCUGUUCACUUGUUGCUUCUGAUUUUCAAAUGUCCCCGGGUAUUUCGGCAUCCAAAAAGCGAAAUCUCUGACUAUAGGGGAUUUAUAACGGAGGAAACUCCCUUUAACUGAGAAUGAAGUUUAGUUAACUGACGUGGUGCUGCAUAACACCGUUUUGUGGAGCACAACGUCAUGGUAUGUAAUCUGGGCUCGUUGCAAAGAGCCUUACUGGCUCUUGAGUAGGCUGAGUCACAUUUCGCCUCUUAGCUUUUAUCUCAGGGUGGAAAUCUCAAGAUAACUUUGUUGAAAGAUGUACAUCCUAUAAUGGUAAUACAGCAACUAAUACAGCAAAAAGGACGGGAAGACUUCAUUACAUCGCACAGUGAAAUAUACAGAGGGGUAAGAUGGUGCUUCUAGAAAACAUGUUUGAUUGAUGUUCACAUACUUUCCAGCUGAGUUUUGAAGCAGAUACACCAAGUUUGGACAUUCGAAGGUCGUCUCAAAAUCUUUCAAGGUUUUUUCCAGCUGUUUGGAUCAGCUGUUUCGUUCGUA